AUGAGUAUGUAUUAUUACGGAUAUAAUGCUGGUGGCUACACCACUACGAGCUACGGUGCGCAAGGCGGGGCAGACGGUGGAGGUUUCUUAGGAGGGUCGCAAGCAGGGAGUCAAGAUACCCCAGGUGGCACGAAGAGAUAUGGGCAGGAUACCCUUCGCCCUGUCACCAUCAAGCAGCUGCUGGACGCUGUUUUCCCGUAUCCAGAUGCCGAGGCCAAGGUAGAUGGUACCAGCUUGACGCAAGUCGACUUGGUAGGUCGAGUCAGCACAGUUUCUGCCCAGGCGACGAACACAACCUACAAGAUUGACGAUGGUACCGGGGUAAUAGAAGUAAAGCAAUGGGUUGACGGUGAUGCGCCGCCAGAAUUGCAGAAAUAUACGCCGAAAGAAGGAGACUACGUCCAUGUCUGGGGCAAGCUCAAAGAAUUCAACAACAGGCGCCACGUCGGCUCCCAUGUUAUACACCCAAUUACCGACUUCAACGAAAUUAGUUACCAUCUCCUUCAUGCCACGGCGGUACACCUAUACUUUACUCGAGGACCGCUGGGGGGAGCAAAUGGGGCCGCAGUAAAGAGCGAGGGACAAGGCAUGUUCGUCGACGGCGGCUACGGAGCUACAAAUGGUGCGCCUGGUGCAGUAGGCAAGAAGUUACCGCCGAGAAUAUCUCCUAUCGCAAGAAAGGUCUAUGAAUUCUUGCAAUCUACGCCACAGAACAACGAAGGGUUACAUGUGCACAACAUCUCUCACCAGUUGAAUAUUCCGGCGAACGAGGUGUUCAAGGCUGGAGAUGAAUUGCUUGGUGAGGGUCUCAUUUAUACGACGCUUGAUGAUGAGACGUGGGCAGUACUGGAAUACUAGACAAGUGAAGAAGGGAAUCAUGAGGCGUUCUGGGUUGGCUCGGCAUGUGUAGAAUGUUAAGAUGUUUAUAAUUGCUAGCAUAAAAGCAUGAAAUGAUGAACAUAACCAAGGAACUGUUCUCGCAAUCACUGAAUCAGGAGAUAGACAUCAUCAAUG